AUGAGACCCUCCAUCCGACUCCUCGCCACGGUGUCUCGCGGUCAGCCUUCCAAGCUGAGGAAGCCCGCAAUUGGCCUAGACCACUUCAUUCAGAGGCAACGAGUGCUGGCGUUUUGGCGCGAAAUUGUCCGGGCUUUGCAUAAAAUCCCUCAGUCGUCCACGCGCGACGAACUGCAUAGUUAUGCGCGCGAUGAGUUUGAGCGCCAUCGCAACGUUACAGACCUACAACAUAUACGAUAUCUACUUUCGACCGGAAAGUCCGAGUUCGAGACUAUGAAACGCUACGUUGAUGAGCAAGUGCUUGGUUAA